GGCCCGGCGCUGUUCUUGGCCUCGCGGUGCCUAGGCUCGGGUGGCUGGUGGGGACGCGCUCAGUGGCUCGGAGCCGGGAAGGGAGCUUGGCGGCGGCGGCAGGAUGAACAGCAUCAAGAACGUGCCGGCGCGGGUGCUGAGCCGCAGGCCGGGCCACAGCCUGGAGGCCGAGCGCGAGCAGUUCGACAAGACCCAGGCCAUCAGCAUUAGCAAAGCCAUCAACACCCAGGAGGCCCCUGUGAAGGAGAAGCACGCCAGGCGCAUCAUUCUGGGCACUCACCAUGAGAAGGGGGCCUUCACUUUCUGGUCCUAUGCCAUCGGCCUGCCACUUCCCAGCAGCUCCAUCCUCAGCUGGAAGUUCUGCCACGUGCUUCACAAGGUCCUUCGAGAUGGGCACCCCAACGUGCUGCAUGACUGCCAGCGUUAUCGGAGCAACAUCCGGGAGAUUGGAGACCUGUGGGGGCACCUGCAUGACCGAUACGGACAGCUGGUGAGCGUGUACACCAGACUCCUGCUGACCAAAAUCUCCUUCCAUCUCAAGCAUCCCCAGUUCCCUGCGGGCCUCGAGGUGACAGACGAGGUGUUGGAGAAGGCAGCUGGGACUGACGUCAACAACAUCUUCCAGCUCACUGUGGAGAUGUUUGAUUAUAUGGACUGCGAGCUGAAGCUUUCUGAGUCAGUUUUCCGGCAGCUCAACACAGCCAUCGCCGUGUCCCAGAUGUCCUCGGGUCAGUGCCGCCUGGCCCCCCUCAUCCAGGUCAUCCAGGACUGCAGCCACCUCUACCACUACACGGUCAAGCUCAUGUUCAAGCUGCAUGCCUGUCUGCCGGCGGACACCCUGCAAGGCCAUAGGGAUCGGUUCCACGAGCAGUUUCACAGCCUCAGAAACUUCUUCCGAAGAGCCUCUGACAUGCUCUACUUCAAGCGGCUCAUCCAGAUCCCCCGGCUGCCUGAGGGCCCUCCCAACUUCCUGCGGGCCUCGGCGCUGGCCGAGCACAUCAAGCCCGUGGUGGUGAUCCCCGAGGGGGCCCCUGAGGACGAGGAGCCAGAGCACCUCAUCGAGAUUGGCACGGGGCCCCCUGCUGGGGAGCCAGUGGUGGUGGCUGACCUCUUUGAGCAGACGUUUGGACCGCCCGAUGGCUCCAUGAAGGACGACAGGACUGUGCAGGCCUCAGAAAACCCUGCCUGCCUGACCUCUGUCCCCAGGGACCUGCAGAUCGAGAACUUGAAGAGAGAGGUAGAGAUGCUCCGUGCCGAGCUGGAGAAGAUCAAGCUGGAGGCCCAGCGGUACAUCUCCCAGCUGAAGGGCCAGGUGGAUACGCUGGAGGCUGAGCUGGAGGAGCAGCGCAAGCAGAAGCAAAAGGCGCUGGUGGACAACGAGCAGCUCCGCCACGAGCUGGCCCAGCUGAGGGCCUCCCAGCUGCAGGGCGAGCGGAACCAGGGCCUGCGCGAGGAGGCUGAGAAGAAGGCCAGCGCCACGGAGGCGCGCUACAACAAGCUGAAGGAAAAGCACAGUGAGCUCAUCAACACGCACGCCGAGCUGCUCAGGAAGAACGCAGACACUGCCAAGCAGCUGACCGUGACGCAGCAGAGCCAGGAGGAGGUGGCACGGGUGAAGGAGCAGCUGGCCUUCCAGAUGGAGCAGGUGAAGCGGGAGUCUGAGCUGAAGCUGGAGGAGCAGAGUGACCAGCUAGAGAAGUUCAAGAGGGAACUGGAGGACAAGGCUGGAGAGCUGGUCCGUGUGCAGGAGGCCCUGAGCCGCACAGAGCAGAAUGGUUUGGAGCUGAGCUCUCGGCUGGAUGCACUGAGUGAGGAGAAGGUCGUGCUGAGCAGAGCCCUGCAGCAGCGGGAGGCAGACCUGCUGGCCGCCCAGCGCCUCGUGCAGGAGAAGGAGGCAGCACUGAGCCAGGAGCAGCAGUGCAGCUCCCAGGAGAGGGGCGAGCUGCAGGGACAGCUGGCGGACAAGGAGUUGCAGGAGCGGGAGCUGCAGCAGAGGCUCCUGGAUGAGCAGUUUGCAGUGCUGCGAAGCACGGCUGCAGAGGCAGAGCGCAUCCUGCAGGAUGCCGUGGGCAAGCUGGACGACCCCCUGCACAUGCGCUGCACCAGCUCCCCAGACUACCUGAUAAGCAGGGCACAGGCAGCCCUGGACACUGUGAGUGCCCUGGAGAAAGGCCACGCCCAGUACCUGACCUCCAGGUCAGAAGCCUCUGCCCUGGUGGCAGCCCUUACCCAGUUCUCCCACCUGGCUGCGGACACCAUCGUCAACGGCAGUGCCACCUCCCACCUGGCCCCCACUGACCCUGCUGACCGCCUGAUUGACACCUGCAGGGAGUGCGGGGCCCAGGCCCUGGAGCUCAUGGGGCAGCUGCAGGAUCAGAAGGCUGUACAGCAGGCCCAGCCAGGCCUGGUGAGGACCCCUCUGCAGGGCAUCCUUCAGCUAGGCCAGAUGCUGAAGCCAAAGAGCCUGGAUGUGCGUCAGGAGGAGCUUGGGGCCAUGGUGGACAAGGAAAUGGCAGCCACGUCCGCAGCCAUCGAAGACGCUGUGCGGAGGAUUGAGGACAUGAUGAACCAGGCCCGCCAUGCCAGCUCUGGGGUGAAACUGGAGGUGAAUGAAAGGAUCCUCAACUCCUGCACAGACCUGAUGAAGGCCAUCCGAUUCCUGGUGACAACAUCCACCAGCCUGCAGAAGGAAAUUGUGGAGAGCGGCAGGGGGGCAGCCACGCAGCAGGAGUUUUACGCCAAGAACUCGAGGUGGACUGAAGGCCUCAUCUCUGCCUCCAAGGCCGUGGGCUGGGGUGCCACACAGCUGGUGGAGUCAGCAGACAAGGUGGUGCUUCACACGGGCAAGUACGAAGAGCUCAUCGUCUGCUCUCAUGAAAUCGCGGCCAGCACUGCCCAGCUGGUGGCAGCCUCCAAGGUAAAGGCCAACAAGCAUAGCCCCCACCUGAGUCGCCUACAGGAGUGCUCCCGCACUGUCAACGAGAUGGCUGCCAACGUGGUGGCCUCCACCAAGUCAGGCCAGGAGCAGAUCGAAGAUAGAGACACCAUGGACUUCUCUGGCCUGUCCCUCAUCAAGCUGAAGAAGCAGGAGAUGGAGACCCAGGUGCGAGUCCUGGAGCUGGAGAAGACGCUGGAGGCAGAGCGUGUGCGGCUGGGGGAGCUGCGGAGGCAGCACUAUGUGCUGGCUGGGGCGGUGGGGACGCCUAGUGAGGAGGAGCCCAGCCAGCCCCCCGCCACCCCCCGCGCUGGGACCUCCAAGAAGCCACCCCUGGCCCAGAAGCCCAGCGUGGCCCCACGGCAGGACCACCAGCUCAACAGAAAGGAUGGCAUCUACCCGGCUCAACUCGUGAACUACUAGGCUCCCGAGGGGCCCAGUGGAGAGGCUGGUGGGCAGGUCCAGGCCUCACUUGGCUGCCCUGACCUGGCUGAAGAGCCUCUGAGGGGCAAAGUCCCCAGCAGAAGGCACCAGCCCUCACACCAGGUGCCUAACCCAACUGCCCAGGAUUGCAGAGCCCACGGGAUUGGGACUAACUGGGUAGUUCUGGACGUGAAUCUAUUUAUCUGCAGUAGGAACUUGUGAAAGCAGCUAGGACCUAGCAGGUCUGAGCCACAACUCAUCAGGAAAUACAUGGAACGGUUUUAGUGCUCUUGAGUUACAACUUUCCUUUAUGGGUUGGUAUUCAGCACACUGGGAGGCAGAGCCAUUGGAAUGGGGGUGUCUGGCCAGGGCCUCCCUUGCCUUCUGGAUGCGGGGUCUGGCUGGUGGGGACAUAGGAAGAUGUCACCUUUGUGGCCUUCUUGCAGCACUGAAUCCAUAGAGAUGGGACCUGGUAUGGCCUCAGGCAAAGCAGGAGCUUUAGGGUGGGCUGGGAUCUUCCCCCUGGCCCCUGAGGCCUUGCUCUAGGCACUGAGGACAGGACCUGGUCUGGGGAGAGGUAGACCAGGGGCUGCUGCCGGGCUAGGCACCAGUGUGCGGAGACCCCCCAUGGGCACAGGUGCUGCCUUGGCCCCUGGAGUCUGAUCUGCUGAUAUCUGUGGAGCCCUCCCAUUUCUUGUCUUCCCUCCCCUGAUCUGGCUGCCCCGCCCUAGAGGCCCACACCGGCUGCUCCCUACCGCAUUCCCGCUGCCACAUUCCCCUCAUCAGUGACAUCCAGCCACCUGAAAGCCUCUUCCAGCUCAGCCAGAAAAAGCCCAGAAACUAGGAGUCACCUGCCCACCAUCCUCUGGAUCAAGAGUGCCUUGCACUCCACCAGAAGGGGGCCGCCCUCAGAGGGAUCGCCUGUCAGCCCUGUGCUGCCCAGAGUUAGGCCAAGGCUUAUCCUGCCCUGCCCAUUGGAGGAUCUGAACAGCAGGCAUGCUGUGCCCCUUGAGCUACCCUGUGAGUGGUCCGGGGUUGGGGAAGGGGAACCAGGCUGGGAGGAAAGGAUCAGCAGCUGCAUGGGGCGAGCCCUCCAGGUUGGGAUCUGGAGACCAGAGCCAGGAGCCUGCCCCUUGCUUUGUGCUUAGUAUUUCCUGAUGUUGAGUCAGAUUAGCAAUAAAGUGCACUUUGUUGUCACCA